AUGGCAGACCUAGACUUCACAAAGGGUCACGAAACCUCUGGGCCAAUCAUCACUCUUUCUCCGGAGGCCGAGGCAAAGUAUGAACGUAUCAUCCGACGUCUUCAAGAGGUGACCAGUGGGGAGAUUAUUCGUAAAGUGUUGAGUGAAGGUGAAACCGUGCGAGCGUAUUGGGGGACUGCUAUCACGGGUAGACCUCACAUAGCUUAUUGUGUGCCUUUGCUUAAAAUCGCCGACUUCCUUACCGCUGGUGUAAAUGUCAAGAUACUACUAGCAGACUUGCAUGGCUUUCUCGAUGCGACGAAAUCAACCUACGAUGUUCUGCAACAUCGUACGAAAUACUAUGCCUUCUUGCUUAAGGCCGUGUUUACCGCGCUGGGUGUCCCUAUCGAUAAACUGGAGUUUGUGACUGGUACUUCAUAUCAGCUCACCAAAGAGUACACUCUGGACAUGUACAAAUUCCAUGCGUUGGUAUCUACCAAAGCGGCAGAACACGCCGGUGCCGAGGUCGUCAAAGAGUCCGAAUCACCUCUGAUGUCGAGUCUACUCUAUCCUGGUUUACAAGCGCUGGAUGAACAAUAUCUCGAUGUGCACUUUCAGUUCGGAGGGGUCGACCAGAGAAAAAUCUUCAUGUAUGCCGCUCAUUACCUUCCCCGACUUGGCUACGCCAAACGCGCUCAUCUCAUGAACGGCAUGGUCCCUGGUCUUUCAGGAGGCAAAAUGUCCUCUUCCGAUCCGAAAUCCAAGAUUGACUAUCUAGACUCUCCAGCGGACAUCACAGCCAAAUUGAAGGCCGCUGUAUGUACACCAGCACAAGUGGAGGGCAACGGUGUGCUCGCUUUCCUACGAACAGUGCUCAUACCGGUGCAAGAGUUGAGGGACGAACAAGCGCAAGGACGUGGGGAGAAGGGUUUCAGAGGAGAAGGAAGCUUUGUCAGCGACACGGCUCCCGAGGGUACCGUCUUUUCGAUCACUCGUCCUGAAAAGUUCGGGGGAGAUAUCCACUUUGCUUCCUACGAAGCUCUGGAACAGGCCUAUGCCAAGGAAGAAGUUCAUCCGGGUGAUUUGAAAGGCGGUGUGACGGACGCCCUGAUCAAGUUGUUGUCCCCGAUAAGGAAAAUGUUUGAGGAGAGCCCGGAAUGGCAAGAGGUUGAGAGGCUUGGUUAUCCGGAUCAGUCUGUGCAGGCUAUCUCAGCCAGUACCAAGCCUGGAGCGGGUAUCAAGACUGAUGGUAAAGUGAAGACCAAAGUCGCUCGCGCUGCCCCGCCAUCAGAGGAGGAACGAGCCGCCUUGCGAGCACAGAAAGAAGCGGAGAAGGCUGCAAAGGCGCAAGCGAAAGCGGGCGGAUUCCCAGGACCCACGGCGCUGGAAGAGGAACAGAAACAGGCUGCCGAGGUCGUCCCUGUUGGUGUGGGGAGCAGCAGUAGGCCAGCUUUGACUCAAACCAACAUGUCUAAAUUAAAAUUACUGGCGAAAGGCAAAGUCCGAGAUAUCUACUCAUUGCCAGACGAAGCGGAUGCGGAUAAAUUACUCUUUGUUGCUACGGAUCGUAUCUCUGCGUUUGAUGUCAUCAUGGAGAACGGCAUUCCGCAAAAGGGCAUCACCCUGACUACCCUUUCUCUGUUUUGGUUCCACAAACUUCGACACAUCAUCCCCAAUCAUGUCCUCUCUCCGUCCAUCAACAGCGACUCCCCCGAAUGUCUCUCUGAUCCCACAUCAGCUUGGUCCCAAUUCCCUCGUUCUUUAGACGAAUACAGGGAGCAAUUGGAAGGGAGGAGUAUGAUAGUCAGAAAAUGCGAAGUGGUUAAGAUUGAGGCUAUCGUGCGGGGCUACAUCACUGGCUCCGCAUGGCAAGAGUACAAAAAGUCUCAGACGGUGCAUGGUAUUCCUAUGCCUGCUGGGAUGGUAGAGUCUCAAAAAUUCCCAAAACCUAUCUUCACACCUUCCACAAAGGCGGAUUUGGGUCAACAUGAUGAGAAUAUCCACCCGGACAAGGUUAAGGAGAUCUGCGGGGAAGAGUUGGCAGCGGAGAUUGAACGUGUGUCUUUGGAAUUGUACACCGAAGCUGCGGCUUACGCUCUCGAGCGCGGAUUCAUUCUGGCCGAUACCAAAUUCGAAUUUGGUCUCCUACCCACCACUUCUAAACCUAAACUUAUUCUCAUCGACGAAUUGCUCACUCCUGAUUCCUCACGUUACUGGGCUGCCUUUUCUUACGUCCCCGGACAACCCCAACCUUCUUUCGAUAAACAAUACCUACGCGAUUGGCUCAUCUCUACCGGUCAGAAAAACGCCCCGGGUGUGUUUCUACCAGAGGACGUGGUAGUGGAGACGAAGGCGAAGUAUGAAGAAGCAAGAGAUAGAAUCAUGAGUCUUGGCAAAUUCGGUGUGAGGGGUAAAAUAGGUGUGAAGGGUGAUGCGGGAGAAGCUGGGUUACAGACGGAUCAAGUGACUGAUGCUAUUGAAGAGGUUGUCAAGACGCAAUUGGAGUAGAAAUGUUUUCACAUGUAGUUGAUACAUUCGUACAUUUCAUCUACGAGUGCUCUACUUUACAGUGAGGUGUUGAUGCACCGCAUUUGGUAUGAUCAUUUCAAUGUACAGAUUGCGACGUUC